AUGUCGACGUGGGGUGAACAUUUCCGUGUCACUACUUAUGGCGAGUCUCACUGCCGCUCUGUCGGCUGUAUCGUCGAUGGAUGCCCUCCAGGCAUGGAGCUUACUGAGGCCGACAUCCAGCCCCAGAUGACCCGCCGCCGCCCCGGCCAGAGUCUACUCACUACCCCGCGGGACGAGAAGGACCGAGUCGAGAUUCAGUCAGGCACUGAGUUCGGAGUUACUUUGGGCACACCGAUUGGCAUGAUCGUCCGCAACGAGGACCAGCGUCCUAAGGACUAUGGCAACAGCACAAUGGACCUGUACCCCCGCCCCAGUCAUGCCGACUUCACCUACCUUGAGAAGUACGGCGUCAAGGCCAGCAGUGGCGGUGGUCGCAGCAGUGCCCGUGAGACUAUUGGUCGUGUCGCCGCCGGCGCCAUCGCUGAUAAGUACCUCCGCCUGUCGCAUAACGUCGAAAUUGUCGCCUUCGUCUCCUCCGUGGGCAACGAGCACCUCUUCCCCCCCACCCCCGAACACCCCUCCCCCUCCACGAACCCCGAGUUCCUGAAGUUGAUCGAAACAAUCGACCGUAAGACCGUCGACACCUUCGCCCCCAUCCGCUGCCCGGAGACCGACGCUGCCGCACGCAUGACCAAAGUCAUCGAGAAGUUCCGCGACAGCCACGACAGCAUCGGCGGAACCGUAACAUGCGUGAUCCGCAACGUCCCCGUCGGCCUUGGCGAGCCCUGCUUCGACAAGCUGGAAGCCAAGCUCGCACACGCCAUGCUCAGCAUCCCCGCGACCAAGGGCUUCGAGAUCGGUUCCGGUUUCGGCGGCUGCGAGCUCCCCGGCUCCAUCCACAACGACCCCUUCAUCGUCUCCGAGGGCUCUCCCCGCCUCACCACCAAGACCAACAACUCUGGCGGUAUCCAGGGUGGUAUCUCCAACGGCGCGAACAUCUACUUCCGCGUCGCGUUCAAGCCCGCUGCUACCAUCGGCCAGGCACAGACGACUGCUACUUACAACGGUGAGGAGGGUGUUCUGGAGGCUAAGGGUCGUCACGAUCCUUGUGUCACCCCUCGUGCUGUCCCCAUCGUCGAGGCUAUGUCGUCGCUUGUUAUCAUUGAUGCCCUCAUGGCUCAGUAUACCCGCGAGAGCGCGAAGAACUUGCUUCCCCCGCUGCCUGAGACUAUCCCUACCCGGCCUGCUACCGCGCCCAAGCAAGCUCCUUCAUCUUAA